AUGCUCUCAACGCCCGUGCCAACCUCAUACUUUCGCAUGUUCCAGGAGCAGAGUGCGUCAUUCUCAUACAAGAUUUUUGAUACUACUACUGCUGAGAAUGGUCGAAUGAUGGCUUGGUGUGCCACACACAAUGCCACAGGCAAUCUUGUCACGACGGGAAUCGUGGAAUUUGGCCGCGUAGGCCCAGGAGGAGCUGCAAGAAAGGCAUGGGUCACGGGCACUCCACCACCGGUUCUGGCCAUCCCCGCGACGGCGAACAUUCCAGCAACAAAUCUACCAUUGGAUGGCAUCUUGACGACAUUACGACGCUUUAAUGGAAAGUGUUGGCGUCACGGGAACCCUCCUUAG